GAGACAUCUGUCAUGUUCCUUGGACACACAGGGACGAUGAUCAGCAGCGACCUCAACGCCUCGCUGUCACCCGUGUCGGCCCUGCACUUGGCCGUGGUGAUGCUCGUUGUGUGGCGAGCCUUUGCACACCGUGCCACCGCCUACCUGAAGAGCAGCUCGGCCACCGAUACGGACGGCGGAACGGAUGCUGUGGCAAGCGAGCAGCGCAAUCGGCCGCAUCAGCGGAUGAUCCCAAAGGCUGAGGCGGCCGGCGACCUCCAAGCUCGCGAUCGGCACCACCUCUCGCUAAGAAAGAACGAGGUGCUUGAGGUCUUGGACGACAGCAAGCUCUGGUGGCUCGUGCGCAACUCUCAGGGCGACGUUGGCAAGGUGCCCUACAACUACAUGCGUCUCGUCGAGGAUGACGUAGCGAAGGCUCCACGGACACCUGCGCUGGCCAGGCGAGCUGCCAAGGAGCCUCCUCCUCGUGGCUCGUCGUGGCAAAGGAGCUUCGGCUCGUGCUUCCAAAAGUGCCUUCCCGCCUCGCCCGCCUCUCCGCCGGCGUCCGACCAGGGCCAGCUGUGCGACGCCUCCGCUAAGUCCUGUGCGACGCCCCCAACCAGCGAGCUCGCCGCCGCGCUGCACGCCAACCGCGAGGCUCUCGUGCGGCUGAGGGACGUGCUUGAGGGGGCGGGCGGCGAGGUGGACGCGCACACGGACAUCUACCUGCUCCGCUUCCUCCUCGCCGAGAAGGGAGACGAGGCGGCGGCCGCCCGCUGGCUCCACGACACCACGCGCUGGCGACUCUCCAUCGGGGCGGUCGAGAUGCGGCGACAGGCGCUCGCCGGCGCGGCGCUCUUCGACCUGCACCCAGACGUGCGGGCGAUCCUGUCGGUGUGUCAGUCCUUCCCGGCGCACGGACGUGCGAGAGACGGCGGGCCGCUCAACAUCAUCCUGCACGACGGCUUCUCCCCCACCCGCGUGAUGGAGACGGUCAGCAGCGCCGGCUUUCUCGGCUCGAUGGUCGCGCUGAUGGAGCACAACAUGGCGGCUGCUGACGCGACCUCCGCGGCGAGCGGCUCGCUCACGCGCAUGUCGUUUGUCUUCUGCUACGAGGGGCUCUCGCUCAGCAUGAUCAACAUGCGCUUCCUCACGACCUACUUUGUCAAGGUGGCCGGCCUCGACAGCCGCUACCCGAGCCUCAUCGGCGCCGUGAGCUGCGUCAACGCGCCCUCCAUCUUCUCCUUCGCGUUCGGCGCCGUCAGGGGUAUGCUCUCCGAGGACAUCCGCGGCCGGAUGCGCGUCGAGAAGCCUGCCACGUCGAGGGCCGCCCUCCUCGCCCUCGCGCCGGCCUGCCACCUGCCCGCCGCCCUCGGAGGCGAUUGCGAGAGCAUGCCCGCCGCGGUGGCGAAGAGGACGGGGUGGGACCGCGUCGAUCCCGCCGAGAGGAGAGGGCUCCACGCCGACUCGAAGAUCCGGUGCUAUCUCUGAGCCGCGCCCUGGCGAAGCGACCACCCGAGGAGGCACCCGCGCUCACGCAGAGAGGCAGAGGGCUCUACGAGGCGCUCGAGACGACGAGAGGCGCUCAUCUGUGCGCUCUCUGGCCUGGUGCUCUGCACGAGGGGUCGAGGGGACGAGGGCCUCUGCGCAGCUCGUGGCGCGCACGCGGAGCGAGGAGCCGUGAGGUCGCCCCCGGGGCCCGCGCGCGUACUGCUCAGAGCUAAAAGCUAUCUGGCGUUCUCGGCGGUUUUUCGUAUGCAUAAUUCCUUCAGCUUCACGUUCAGACAUGUUCCAUCACCCCAUUUCCUCUCCUGUCAUAGCGACGCCGUCCACGUCCCCUCGUCAUCGCGCAGCCUCACUCCCAUCCCCUUGAGCUCCAACUUGAUGGCGUCCGCCGCCGCCCAGUCCUUGGCCGCCCUCAGCGCCGCGCGCUUCGCGACCAGCGCCUCGGCGGCGGCCGCGUCGACCGCUGCGCCCUCGCCUGGCUGUGGCUUGGCGCGGCAGUAGCGCGCCGUGUGGCCUGGCUUGCCGCACUUGUGGCAAUUGCCCGCUCCCGCCUUUGGCUUGGGGCACGACGCCGACAGGUGGCCGUGCGCGCCACAGUUGUAGCAGCGUGCAGCGGCCGGCUCGCUCAGUGCCGCAGUAGGGCAGGCCCGCGCCUUGUGCCCCUCCUCUCCGCAGAGGUGGCAGGCGGUUCGUCCGGCUGGCUUGUCGCACUGUUUGCUGGCGUGCCCCAUCUUGCCACAGUUGUAGCAGCGCAUCUUGCCGUUGCCACCGACCGCCUGCCUCCUCGCGCCCUCGCUCGUGUCGGCCACAGCGGCCGCGGCCGCUGUGGUGACGUCGGCCACAGCGGCCGCGGCCGUCGCAGCCGCCGCCGCCGACGCGUCGCUCUUCUUCCGCUUGGAUCGCUUGAGCGGCUCUGCGGUUGCACCGACAGUCGCGUUGGGCUCGUCUGCGUCGGUCAUCCUCUUCUUCCCCCUCUUCUCUGGCUGCUCCGGCAUGGCGGCGGAGUGUGCGGAGCCACACACGCGUAUUAGUAGGGCGAGUAGGGCAAGUAGUAGGGCAAGCA